AGGCGAGCUGAUGAUGCAAAGUGCCCGGCAAGCCAGCAUUCCGAUCGAAGAUAGUCCUUGCCAGAGUGAGGCAUUUGUGCUCCUCAGUAGAGUCCAAGACGGGCUUGAGGUUGCAUCAGGACCGCGAGGUUGUAUCCAGAUCGAAGCAAGAUUUCAAUGAUGACGAGGAUCCUUUCGACGACCGAUUCAACUCCUAUGCUCUGGAUGAGAGAAGCGAGCGAGCCGGAAAGAUAUAUGAGGACCAUACCAUGCCUCCUGAAUGAUCCGUACCACAUCCGCAUCAAACAUUCUAAUCACGUAUCCUUAUUCAACCUCAGUAUCAAACAUGAAGAUCACAUUGUGCCUGACAGCGUUGCUGUUUGGGAGUUCUCUGGCCAGUCCUCUUGUCGACCGCCCCCUGGCCAAUCCUCUUGUCAGCCGCUCCCUGGCCAACCCUCAUAUCGGUCGCACCGGUCCAUACAAUAUCACGACAGAAGAUGGGCUCUACAUCGAGGUCGGCACCGACCUCGUUAGACACCAAGCAUCCCAGAUCUAUCCGGAGCUGCUCGGGGAUGAAGCCUUAGCUUUCACGUCGUGGAAAGUAACCGCUGGCGCUGGGAGAGCCGCAUAUGUAGCGAUUGGAUACUACGCAUUCAUUGACCAAGGCCAAGUCAUCACCGAUACCGUUAAUGCUUGCCACGAUGCAGAGGGCAACUUCAGCUUCACCAAAGAAUGCGUCAACGGUGCCGCUGUUUCACUCCUUCAAUACGGAUUGCUGGGCUACUACGGAAAAAGCGUGACAAGCGCGAAUACACAUGUGACGGUCAUCUCUUUCGCGGCAGCGAGGGCUGCUGCCGGUCUUGCGAAGCCUCCAGCCGCGAAUUCCGCAUCCAGCCGCGCCAAGCGACAAUCAGACAACUGUUACACGUUGAGUCAGGUGGGAAUUCCGCAGACCACAUUCACAGGCAAUUCCGGCGUUAAGAUGACUACUAUCAACGACUGUCCGUACAUCAUCCCCACAAAGAGUCUCGCAGGCUGGCAAGCAACGAUGGGUCAAUCUGGCGGCAUCGUCGACUUGAUGUUUGCCAAUGGCGCGUGGGCAGUCCAGAUGUCUCUCUGCACACAGGCAUUUAACAACGUCGAAUUGGAUGUCAAUGUUCAUGCGUCAUUUGAGAUCACAGACAACAUCACCGACUGUGAGGAUCAAGUCUCGGGGCAAGGCAUCUGUACGGCCAGUGAGAAUUAGGCUACGAAUGGC